ACAAAAUUGCCACCGCGAAUUUUUGGGCUAAGAUUAGGCAACCAUUUUUUCAACAAUGGUGGCCUAUGGUCAAUCUUCUAUGUUCAAUUUUGUACUAGUGGGAGUAAUGAGAUUCGGAAAGAAGAGGAAGCUAAGUCCUAGAUUUAUUGGACCAUAUGAAAAUUUGGAAAGGAUUGGGAAGGUAGCCUAUCGAUUGGCUUUACCAACGGAGUUGGAUAAGGUACACGAUGUAUUCCACGUAUCGCAAUUGAAGAAGUACAUGCAUGAUAACUCUCAUGUAAUUCGUCUAGAGGUUGUGGAGAUAGAUGAGUCUCUAACUUACGAGGAAAAACCAGUAAAGAUUCUUGAUACCAAAACAAGGGAAACCCGAAGGAAAGUUGUGAAGCUUGUAAAGGUCUUGUGGUCUAACCACUUGACAGAAGAAGUCACUUGGGAAGUAGAGGAUGAUAUGAGAAAUCGUUACCCGACGUUGUUCGAUCAAGAAGGAGAGUUUGCAGAGGAGCAAACGUAGGACUCGGGUCAAGUGUGUGAUUUGUUUUACGUAUCCAGGUGAAUGAGUAAGUUGUUGGCUGAGAGCGCGCAUUAGAACUUAGUAGCUGUUUUGUUUUUGAUGUUUUGGAGUUAUUGAUUCGUAUUGUAUUUCUUUAGUUUUGGAUUAAGUUGUGAUUGAAUGUUAUAGUUUAGAGCCUUACAUCUAGUCAGUGUUGGAUUAGAUGUGGCGGUUUCACCCUCAUUUAUUAUUAAGGACUUAAAGUUAUUUUGUAAGUUGAAUUAUUACUUAGUUCUAAACGGUGG